GGUGGAAGAAUUCUCUAUUCGGACUGUCCAUAGGCAGCGUUUGAUGAAGGUGCACAGAAAGAAGUUUCACCGAACAUGGUCUUCCCCACAUUUCCCAACUGAUGCCGUUUCCAUUGACCAUUACUGUAAUGGAAUUGUUGAUACUGAUUUUUCGGGCACGGAAAGAGUAGAGACGAAGCUACCACAAACACCGGCCAACAAGAUAAGGCGUCACAAGAAAAAAACAACCUAUAUCUUACGGCGUUUCGAUCUCAUGAAAGAAGCACGGGGAGAUGAUGGUUAUGAUGCUACAGUGGAAAAUGAUACAUCCGAUGAUGAACUUGACUCUGAAUCUGAAUGUUAUGACAAUUUUGUUGGUGAUGCAGAGCUUCCGGGUUUGAAGGUUGCAUUGAUUCCUAAAUAUCGGCGCAAGAAAAGAUUGAACGUUGUGAGACACCGGAAACCUCCUAGCCGUAUUGAUCUUGUGAAGGAAGCACUGGGAGAUGAUGCUAGGGGAGAAAGUGAUACAUCUGAUAAUGCGCUUGAUGCUGAUGUGGAAAAAGAUUACUAUUUGUAUUAUACAAGUUCGAUUGGUGAUACUGAGGGGUUGAAGGCUGCAUUGCUUUCUAAACAUGACCUUGGGAUUCCUGAUCAUCGACAGGAUAGCGAUGGAUUUAAGCGUCGGUUCAGAGAG